UUUCAUUCGCCUUCCUACAAGGCCCUUCUUCCUCGCCACGCUCUCUCUUUGCAGUCGCACUAUCGCAUUUCCUUCUUCUGCUUUCUCAACAACCGAAACCGUCAACAUCACAGUCAUGGCUUCGCGUCCCAAGAACGUCGGAAUCCUUGCCAUGGACAUCUAUUUUCCUCCUACUUGCGUUCAGCAGGAAGCUUUGGAGGCUCACGAUGGCGUGAGCAAAGGCAAGUAUACUAUUGGACUUGGGCAAGAUUGCAUGGCCUUCUGCACAGAGGUGGAAGAUGUUAUCUCAAUGAGCUUGACGGUUGUUACUUCACUUCUUGAAAAAUUCAAAAUUGAUCCAAAGCAAAUUGGACGCUUGGAAGUUGGUAGUGAGACAGUAAUUGACAAAAGCAAAUCCAUUAAGACCUUUUUGAUGCAAAUUUUUGAGGAGAGCGGUAAUACAGACAUUGAAGGUGUUGAUUCAACAAAUGCAUGCUAUGGAGGAACGGCAGCUUUGUUCAACUGUGUGAAUUGGGUGGAGAGUAGUUCAUGGGAUGGGCGCUAUGGACUUGUUGUUUGUACAGAUAGUGCGGUAUACGCUGAAGGACCUGCCCGUCCUACUGGAGGAGCAGCUGCAAUCGCCAUGCUUAUAGGGCCGGAUGCACCAAUUGCUUUUGAAAGCAAAUUCAGAGGCAGCUAUAUGUCACAUGCCUAUGAUUUUUACAAGCCAAACCUUGCAAGCGAAUACCCAGUUGUUGAUGGAAAGCUCUCCCAGACCUGCUAUCUUAUGGCACUUGAUUCCUGCUACAAGCAUUUUUGUGAGAAAUUUGAAAAAUUGGAAGGGCGGCCGUUUUCCAUCUCAGAUGCUGAUUAUUUUGUGUUUCAUUCUCCAUAUAACAAGCUUGUACAAAAAAGUUUUGGUCGGCUGUACUUUAACGACUUCCUGAGAGAUCCCAGAUCUGUGGAUGAAGUUGCUAGAAAAAUCCUAGGACCAUUCACGGCUCUAUCUGGUGAUGAGAGCUAUCAGAGCCGUGAUCUGGAAAAGGCAAACCAGCAAGCCGCAAAGCAUUUAUACAACGAGAAGGUGCAACCCACCACAUUAAUCCCAAAACAAGUCGGUAACAUGUACACUGCAUCUCUCUAUGCAGCACUUGCAUCUCUCCUUCACAAUAAACGUAGCUCACUGGUAGGUAAGCGGAUGGUUAUGUUCUCAUAUGGAAGUGGUCUAACAGCUACGCUGUUCUCCUUCCAUAUUCAAGAGGGUCAACAUCCGUUUAGUUUGUCAAACAUUGUGACGGUGAUGAAUGUUUCUGGCAAGUUGAAUCAGAGGCUUGAGUUUCCUCCGGAAAAGUUCGUCGAAACUUUGAAGCUAAUGGAGCAUCGUUAUGGGGCCAAAGAUUUUGUGACAAGCAAGGACUCUAGCUACUUACCUCCUGGCACAUAUUAUCUCACUGAAGUUGAUUCCAUGUAUCGUCGAUUCUAUGCCAAGAAAUAUGAUGACGCAAACUCACAAUUUGCUCCUAAUGGUCACUGACAUCUCCGAAUUUAGAGGUCUCCUUUUUUGCCUCACAGAAUAAAAUUGUAUGGGGCAUUCUUAAACUUUGCCUCGUCCAAAUUCCGGGGGUACCCAAAAAAUUAGUGAUUAAAAGUCAAAAUUACCAGUUUGAUAUUUUUUUCCCCUGGUAGAGCUGAUAUUGUUUGAUAGACUAAGCCUUCGUGGUAAGCUUCUGGAUGCGGUUAAAGUUGUUUAUUAUAUCUGAUAGAAUAUGAAUAUAUUUAUAAAAAUUAUUAAAUGCCGUAUUAUUAAGUGUGGCUUA